CUGCAGUCUCCGUCCGAGCGCAGACGCAGCGGGCGGGUGGAUUGGUGCUGGUCCGGGGACCGUGAGGCUCACGUUACUAACACCGUCCAUGAUGGCGACGUCAGGAGAGCAUCGCAAUGGGAGUGUACAGAAGAACGGUAGCACCGGCCAGCUGUCCGACGUACCCGAAGGAAAAGCUGGUGACCUGCUGGCGCCACCCGCACCAGAUGCGGGCGACUCUACGCACCUCGAGAGAAGGGUGGGACUCUUCUCUGGGACUGCUCUAAUCGUCGGCACAAUGAUCGGGUCUGGGAUAUUUGUAUCCCCGAAGGGUGUGCUGGAGCGCACCGGAUCCGUUGGACUCUCCCUCGUCGUGUGGGCAGGAUGUGGCGUCCUGUCCAUGCUUGGGGCGCUGGCGUACGCCGAGCUGGGCACGUUGAUCCCGUCGUCUGGCGCCGAGUACGUCUACCUGCUGGUGGGGCUGGGCCCACUGCCGGCUUUCGUCUUCUCCUGGGUCUGCUCGUUCGUGCUCAAGCCCAGCAUGCUGGCCAUCAUCUGCCUGUCGUUCGCCGAGUAUCUGGUCGAGGCGUUCGUCGAGGAGUGCGAGCCGCCGGCCCACGUUGUGACGCUCGUCGGGAUUCUCACCAUCGGGGUCAUCACCUUCAUCAACUGCUUUAGCGUCAGGCUGGCCACCAAGGUGCAGAACGUCUUCACGGCCGCUAAGCUGUUCGCUAUCGGCAUUAUCGUGAUCGGGGGAAUGUACUCGCUGGCCGAAGGCAACACGCAGUACCUGCGUCAGGGUUUCCAGCACACCACCACUUCGGUCAGUGAUGUGGCCACGGCCUUCUACAGCGGCUUGUGGGCCUACGACGGCUGGAACAACCUCAACUACGUCACCGAGGAGAUCAAAAACCCUUCCAGGAACCUGCCGCUAGCCAUCAUCAUCGGCCUGCCGCUGGUGACUGCCUGCUACCUGCUGGUCAACAUUUCCUACCUGGCCGUCAUGUCGCCGGUGGAGCUGCUGCAGUCCGACGCCGUGGCUGUGACGUUCGGGAACCGCAUACUGGGUGUUAUGUCCUGGCUGAUGCCACUGGCUGUCACAUUGUCCACCUUCGGCGCUGCCAACGGCACCUGCUUCACCUCGGGAAGGCUGUGCUACGCCGCCGCCAGACAAGGUCACCUUGUGGACGUGCUCAGCUUCGUACAUGUCCGACGUCUAACGCCAUCUCCCGCCCUCAUCUUCAACGCCAUCAUCGCCAUCGCCAUGAUCGCGGCCGGCGACAUUGGCAGCCUGAUCGACUUCUUCAGCUUCACCGUCUGGAUCUUCUACGGCAUGGCCAUGCUGGCGCUCAUCAUGAUGCGCAGGACCAAGCCCGACGCGCCCAGGCCCUACAAGGAGGUGCUUUGGUCGGUCGCCCGUCCAAAGACGCAGCGGGGCGACGGCGUCUCUCGGUCGAGUCGCCGUCCUGCGCAUGCGCAGGGCGGGCGCACCUGGUAACUAAUCGCCACUUUUCUGUAGAGAUGUCGUUUUCAGGGAAGGAAGAGUGUGCAGCCAUUUCGUGAGCUUCCUUCAUAACACUUCGUGCAUCCACCAUGGUAAAAUUGUUCGUGUACUGAACUGGGCAAGGCCAAACCAAUUUAAACGUGCUCUAUAAUUUCAUUUUCUAAAAUGUUCCAUUUCAUUUCGAGAUCAUGCACUUGUUUUUCUUACGGGUAUGGGUGGCGGUGCAAGAUGGUGCGCUGUUAGUUGUAUUAGUCACUGAAUGGUCCAACUCAAAACACAAUAGCAGUCAAUUAAGAAAUAUGUUGAUAUCCUUAUGCUCAUAAUCUUGUGAUAUAUGUGCGUAAAUGUGUCUCAUAAACGUGCGAGAAGCUCUUUAAAUUGCGGUUUAGGUUCUGUCACCUUUUUCGUUGCUUUGAGCAUAAGAUUACCAAAACGUUUCUUAAUUUAAACAGCAGUGCUUAGCAGCUACGCACUUCACUACAUACAAUAGCAGUCGUAUUAGUCUGUAGUAAUUUUCCCGAAAGCUCAUCAAAACAUAUUUGAAGCAUUUUGAAGUGUUUCGAAGGAGUCUGCAGGAAUGCCUGUGCUGAGUGUAAUUUCCGUAUUUUAUUCAUCCGCAGGGCAGCCCCAAUUCAGCAAGAAUGUUAAAGCAGUAAACUCGGGGCUAAAGCAGCGUGUGCUGCCACGUAUUGUUGCUUGGUAACACGGAUUUUCUGGUAGGGUUCCUGGAAGUGCUGUAAAAUGCUUUAAAAUGUUGAACGAUAAGCUUUCGUGAAGAGGACUGUGUCUAAAAUGUAUGUUAGCUGCGAUUUAUUAAAUGUGUGCCAUGUAGAAGGACCAUUGACAAAAUUUUGAGUAUUUUUAGCAUACAGUCAGGUGGCUGUCUUUAGAAGAUUUGUCCGGGGUCGUAUGGGUGAGGACCCUUGAAACCAGGGUUCCAGUUUGCAUAAUCAUGAAAUGAUAUCGGAGACGUAGUGCCACAAAUGGUUAUUUAAACGUGAAUACCACGUCAACAAGGUUUGGUAAAUCAAAGCGCAAAGUAACAAAUCACAU